CGUCAAUGCACGGCUGUGACCUCUCUACUCCAUCAGUUGUAAAGUGAAUAGCGAACGGAACACACGUCAACAUGGCCACCGAUAACUUGACUGCUAUGCUCAACAAAACCAAGGAUUUGCAGCUGAUACAAACGCCGAUCCCGACAAUUGCCGAUGAUGAGGUCUUACUCCGCAUGGACUGCGUGGGCAUCUGCGGCUCGGACGUGCACUACUGGCAGAGCGGCGCCUGCGGGCCUUUCGUGCUUCACGAGCCCAUGAUCAUGGGUCACGAGGCGUCCGGAGUUGUUGCCAAGGUGGGACCCAAAGUAAAGAACCUGGUAGUAGGCGACCGCGUGGCCAUCGAGCCGGGCGUGCCGUGCCGCUACUGCGAGUUCUGCAAGACUGGCCGCUACCACCUCUGCCCCGACAUGAAGUUCUGCGCCACGCCGCCCGUGCACGGCAACCUCGUCAGAUACUACAAACACGCUGCUGACUUCUGCUACAAACUGCCCGACCACGUUACGAUGGAAGAGGGCGCUCUCCUUGAACCCCUAUCAGUAGGUAUACACGCGUGUCGGCGCGCCGGUCUCACGGGCGGACACACGGUGCUGGUGCUGGGAGCUGGACCCAUCGGCCUGCUCACCAUGCUCUCCGCUAAGGCCAUGGGAGCCAGCACAGUACUCAUCACAGAUGUCCUACAAUCCCGGUUGGACUUUGCAAAAGAGUUGGGUGCCGACCACACCCUGCUUGUUACCAGAGAGUCAAAAGAGGAAGAUGUCUUGAAGAGCAUACUGUCACUCCUUGGGGACCACCCUGACGUGUCGUUUGACGCCAGCGGAGCUACGGCCACCGUCAGAAUGUCAUUACUGGCGACGAAAUCUGGUGGCGUGGCGGUGCUGGUGGGUAUGGGCGCGCCCGAACAGAGCGUGCCGCUGUCAUCCGCGUUGUCGCGGGAGGUCGACAUCCGUGGCAUCUUCCGAUACGUCAACGAGUACCCGAUCGCCCUGUCGAUGGUAGCCAGCGGUAAGAUCAACGUGAAGCCGUUAGUGACGCACCACUUCAGCAUGGAGGAGACGGUCGAGGCUUACGAGGUCGCGCGCCAGGGAGCCGGCAUCAAGGUCAUGAUCCAUGUGCAGCCCCGCGAUACUAACAACCCCAAGAAGUUCUAAAUACGACUAGAAGUUUCCAGAAUGUUCCAGACGGCGAUAAAGAGCGCUUACGUGGUUAAAGUUUGAGUAUAUUCUUCUGUAAAUUAGGGUAUUUUCCUAAUUUGUGCAUUGUUCAAAAUGUUUGUUAAUUAUCUUUUAAAAGAACGUAGAUUAUACGAUUUUCAUUGUUACAUUUUACGAUGAUCAUAAGAUAAGCGCCUCAUCAAAUGUCAAAUAUUUUAAAACAUCCGCAGGAUUUUGUUAGACAGGCCUUUUAAGCCUAACUAGCGCGAUUAGCGUUAUUUUAAUAUUUUAAAACUAUUAUUUUCAAAAAAUGUAAAUAAAUGUUUAUUGAACUGUAAAGUAUAAGUACAAUAUGUGGAAAUAAAAUU